AUGGGAAAGAACGAGGGACCAGGGAAAGAACGAGGGACCAGGGAAAGAACGAGGGACCAGGGAAAGAACGAGGGACCAGGGAAAGAACGAGGGACCAGGGAAAGAACGAGGGACCAGGGGAAAGAACGAGGGACCAGGGAAAGAACGAGGGACCAGGGAAAGAACGAGGGACCAGGGGAAAGAACGAGGGACCAGGGAAAGAACGAGGGACCAGGGGAAAGAACGAGGGACCAGGGAAAAGAACGAGGGACCAGGGGAAAGAACGAGGGACCAGGGAAAAGAACGAGGGACCAGGGAAAAGAACGAGGGACCAGGGGAAAGAACGAGGGACCAGGGAAAGAACGAGGAACCAGGUAA